AUGAACUCUCGUUCCAGCCUCGAGGAGCGUGACAAGCAAAAGCACGUGGAGACCUGCCAGUCCCCGAGAAUGCAGAUGUGGCACAGAAGGACAGCACCAAAGCCGGCCACGCAGCAGUGCUCCCACUCGGGCGAGCUCAGCGAGUCCGGCCCUGUCCCCCUCAGGAAGGACAGCACCAAAGCCGGCCACACAGCGUGCUCCCACUCGGGCGAGCUCAGCGAAUGGCGCCCGAGGGGCUCCCCGGCGGUGGCGAUCGCAGACGGAGAGACCCGCUGCUGCCGAGGCUGCUGCUGCCCGAGCUCCGAGCAGCCUCUGGCGCGGGGGCCUCCGGGGGUUCCAGGGCUUCGGAGGGCGGCGCCGAGUGGUGGGAGGCCCCCGCGUGUGAGUCCUCGCCCUCGGAUCCCGGGGUGGGCGUCAGGCGCCCCCGGUCGCGCCUGCCCGUCCUGCCCACCGUGGCCCAGCGGGCGGCCCGGAACCGACCAAGGGCUGAGGUCGCUGCUGCUGCCGCCCACGCUCUUGGCCGGCGAGCCCGGGGAACCGGCGCCGCGGGCCUGGACAGUGCGAGGAUCCCCGCAGGGGCUCGGCCAGGGAGAACCCCGACUCUUUGGGCGACCUCCUAGGAGAGCUCCUCCCCGGCCGGUCCCGGCAGUUCCUGGCUCAGGGUCUGAGUCUGCGAAGCAGCCGCGACCACCGACAUCCUCACCAUCACAACAUCAAAGGGGUGUGUCAGAACACUCUGGAAGUCCUCCGCAGUGUCCCCGCGACUCCUUCCUCCCAGACCUGGGGCCCCACACUACACAGGCCCCCAAGCUCAAGGCCGUGCUCACCCACAACUCCUCGGGGGAAGGCUCAGGGCACCGCAGGCGGUGUUGCCCUUUCCGCGUGCAGUUUGCAGAUGAGACGCUACGGUACACAGCGCUCCGCUACUGGGAACGCAGCUGUGCAGUCCUGCAGGGCAUCCUCGAGAACAGGACAGCCAGCGGGUCCGCAGCAUCGGAGCAGGUGUUCGGGAGUGUCGGGAGAUGGCUGGAGAGUUUGCCCAAAGCCCUGUAUCCCAGGGCCAAGGAGGACACCACAGCCAACUCAUUCGGCUGGGACUUCCGUGGCCUGUCCACCCUGGAGCCGAAGGACCACCUCUCUGAGGACACCUCUCUGAACAGCAGCCUGCCCUUCAUCCCCAGGCCCACCACCUAGAGGCAGCAGAGCGGGGGCACCUCAAAACCUUUCUGGAGCAGGAGUCCUUCCUGCCCAGCUUGGUGUUGCACACACGGUCCUGAAACAAGGCCGCCCUAAGGGGCACCAGCUUCCCCUGCCGUCAACAUCACGUCGCGCUCAGAGGUGAAUGGCUGCUGGUGCCCAAGCCCAGGUGUGGACACGGGGGAGGGGUGAGGAGAGGCCUUCCCUGACCCACAAAUAAACGCACAUCCCCGGUGGCUGGUAUCUGC